AUGAUUCAAAAUAAGGGCGGCUAUUUCCCUUGCGGUAGUUUGCUGGCUUGCAGUAGAUCAAAGUCCCUCUCUCGCCCGCUGCCAUUCUACUGCAACCCACCUUACACUACGCGUAUUGUGAAGCCCCAUGCAACCACUUGGGAGCGCCAUGCCAUUUCUAGACAAGAGAUGCACUCAGCUGCACAAGUCGCUGCUCUUCCGCCACACACUUGGUUAGCUUACUAUAUGAGCCUUCAGGAGGCCUGGAAUUUCAUUACUGGCAGAUCUACUAAGGGCCUCGCGUUCAGGACAAAGCGUUUCUCAUUGGGUACCGCAUGGCAGUACAUGUGUCCCCGGCCUUCUUCGACUCUGCUUUCAGCAUUUGCUCGUUGA